UAUUUGCGAAUUAUGUUAUAGAUUGUUUUCAUCCCGCCAUUUCCAUACAAGUUAAGAAAGUAACAUAAGUUGUUUGCGAAUUAGACCGAAACAUAUCAUUGUGUUAAUACACCGUUGUGUAGAAUAAAAUAUAGAAAAUGCCUGAUUUCAGUGCAAAUAUAUUGCCGGAGGAGCUAACAAGUGAGGAUGGUAUUGCUUUUAUUGCGUCGCUGGAGGAUCCGAAGCGAUGGGGAGCAAUUCCCCUUCUGAACUACACUCCGCUGCAUGAGUUGAAGGAUAUGAGCGUUGUGAGGUUUCGAGGCAUGAUUCAAGACAUGCAUGAUCCUGAAAUGUAUUUGGAACGUUAUGAAGUAACAAAAGAAGAUAACACUUCUAGAAUUCAAGAAGGGAAAUAUCGUGACUGUCUAUUGUUAAAUGAUGGUGAGCGUGUAAACUACGAAACAAAGGCGAAUGUGCAUGGCGAACGCCGAACUUUUUUCGUAAUAUCUAUCCCUGGUCUAAACGACUGGUGUCAAGAUUAUGAAUCUGAGUGCAGUCGUAACACUUUGCCUAAACCUAGGAUAACGGAAAUGGCAUCAGAAGGAGGUAAAAAACGUGGAGCGUCCACCGGAUAUGAAUGCAUGGAUAUUGAAAUAGAAGCGGAAGCCGGAAAUAAUCCUCAUUAUGACGCCAAUAAGCGCAAACGGACAGAGGUGUAUCCAAAUGAUGCUUCUGAAAACAAUGGAGUAGGUCGCACUUCAAAUUCAGUCAUUGGCAUGGAGUACCAUCUAAAUUCGCCCAUACCUGACCGUCCUAGCAAAGCUUGUAUGAUAAAAAUUUAUUAUGACUUUGAAAAAUAUAAAUUGAAUACUAUUCUUGAUGUGGUCGGUUUCCUAUCGGUAAAUCCCGCAUUAGACGCAUCAACGAUGGAUGUUGAUGCGUUUGAUAACGUUAAUGAAAUCCAAGCACAAAAUCCUCCGCCAUCCCUUAUACCGCGCCUUCAUGCAAUAGCCGUUCACUGCUUGCCACAUCCAAACCCAUUGCUGGAUGAAAGAUUUCUAUCACCUUCGCAAGAAGGCUGCAGUCAAAAUUUAACUAAUACCUUCAAUAUGUUAUCUAUGCUUGAUGAGUUCCGAGUUUUCUUAAAACUAUGUUUAUUCAAUGAUGAUUUGGCAGCCGAUUAUUUUUUAUCACAUCUUAUAUCGUCAGUUUAUUGUCGAGCAGAAUGUCGAUGCCUUGGAAGAUUUCUUCUAAACAUUUUCAAUAUACCGCAGAGUCGAAUUCCAGAAUACACAAAACAAGUUUACAAACUGUUAGGUUUGUUAAUACCAGCCAGUCAUUACAUCGCAAUGACCGCGGAUACAUUGAACGAUUCAACUUUUGGGGCAAAGAAAGAUUAUGAAACCAACAAAUUAGUCUCGGGCAUGCUUCAGCUUGCGCCGCAAACCCAUCUAAUUAUAGACGAAACGUUUACCAAAUCAGAUACUUUAAACAGCAAUGGUGUAUUGUCUAUGCAAAUUCUUGGGCAUGUAAUGAAGCAUCAGCAGCUAAAAUGCAAUUUCCAGUACUAUGAAAUCGAAUAUGAAGUGGACAUACCGGUAUUGUGUUUCAGUGAAAAGAAAAGUAUUCUCCCGUUCGAUGCUUAUGUCCCAAUCGAGUAUGAUGAGCAAUCACUUGAUGUUAUAGAAGAAUCGUUAAAGGCUGCACGGCAUUAUUUGAAUCCAACACGUCUACACCAAUUUAGAUGUUUCUUAACAACAGCUAAACUUGCCGAAUUCAGUGUUAAUGAAGCUGAAAGUGAAAUGAUUCAAAACGACUUUGUAGAAAUGCGGAAAAACAAAAGUAUUCGUGACGCGGAAGAGCUGCAUCAUUUAUUAGUAUUAGCUCGCUUACUGGCUGUUGCGCAAGGCAAAAACGUGCUAGAUAAAGAUGCAUGGGAGCGGGCUAAGCAGAUGGAAUCAAAUCGUCAAAAAAGAAUCAGUGCAUUGGCAAACGAUGUAACACGACAAUGUAGCAUUUAAUAAAGAACUUGUAGCGAUACUUAAA